GUGGCGAACGACAGGGCCCAAACACAGAGUUCUAUCUCUCGACGCAGCGGAGGCGGUGUCCUUAAAAGUGACUGUAGAAUUUUUUUUUCCGUUAAUUUUUCGUUUGCCUCCGCGUCACACAGUCGACUUUUUCGUUGAACCAUGAGGACGUACUACGUGAUAGCCGCCAUACUGAUCGCCGGGACAAACGGUCAGGAGUCCUUCAAAUGUCCGGACGACUUCGGGUUCUAUCCUCACCACAUAUCGUGCGACAAGUAUUGGAAAUGCGACAACAACGUGGCGGAACUGAAGACGUGCGGCAACGGUCUGGCGUUUGACGCCAGCGACAGCAAGUUCCUCACCGAGAACUGCGAUUAUCUGCACAACGUGGACUGCGGCGAGCGCACGCAGCUCGAGCCGCCCAUCAGCACGCCGCACUGUUCCCGCCUCUACGGUAUCUUCCCUGACGAGAAGAAGUGCGACGUCUUCUGGAACUGUUGGAACGGCGAGGCCUCCCGCUAUCAAUGUAGCCCCGGACUGGCCUACGACCGUGAGGCCAGGGUGUGCAUGUGGGCCGACCAGGUGCCCGAGUGCAGAAACGAAGAGGUCGCCGGGGGUUUCACGUGUCCGGCUGCGGGAGAAGUGAGCGGCGCAUCCGGCAGCUUCAGCAGACACGCCCAUCCGGAGGAUUGCAGAAAGUACUACAUAUGCCUCGAGGGCAUCGCCAGGGAGUACGGCUGCCCGAUCGGCACCGUUUUCAAGAUCGGUGACGCCGACGGCAGCGGCGCCUGCGAGGACCCCGAGGAUGUUCCCGGAUGUGAGGAUUACUACGGUGACCUGGACCUGAAGAGCAUCCGGAAGAGCGAGCUGCUUACCGGUAUCCAGAGCGAGCCCAGAAAGCCGAGCCAGGCGGCCCUCAAACCUAGGCCCACAACAGUAGGAGGGCCCACGAGGCCCUCGCCCAAUCAAGAAUAAAUCUUGAUUUACCUCGCUCUUUCUCCUUCCAUCCCCUCAUCUCUUCACACCGUCUCUUCCUUUCUAUCCUUUUCUGUCUCUCUUCUUCUAUCUACUUCUCUCAUUCAUUUUCUCUCUACAUUCUUUCUCUUCCUCGUUAUCAUUUCAUUUUGUCGAAUACUAUUAUUUAACGCAAGUUAUUGGUGCGAAAUCUAAACUGUCAAAUAAAUAGGCAGCACUUCUCUCUUUUCAUGGAUCUUGUAUUACAAUUUUUCAAUGAUAAAUCGUAAUUAUGCGUUCAAACAUUCAGGAAAAGAGUUAUGCCUCAGUUUUUGACAAAACAUGAAAUAUUAAACGUACCCUAAACAAAAAAAUGUCAUUUUUUUUUUUAAUUUUAUUAUUUGAUUUUAAUUUUCUAUAAUUCAAUAAUAAAAAAAUUCACAAACUUAUUAAAUCUCUUGAUAUUUUCUAUACCUUUUAACGUUGUUCUUCUGAUUUAUUUAAAUUUAUAUCGAUUUUAUGCCAAUAAAUUGUAGCGGAAUACAUUUCUUCUUUCCCCUUUUUUUCUCCCUCUUUCUCUUUUCUCUAUUUCUCUAUCUUUUUAUCUUACCCUUUUUCGUUCUGUGUUUUUCACUUCUCUCUCUCUCUCUCUCUCUCUCUCUCUCUCUCUCUCUCUCUCUCCUUCUCUCUCUCUCUCUCUCUCUGUUUCUUCUAUCAGACGAUAAACAUACAUUCGCAUACACAUACAUAAUCGAAGAAAACUGCAGCCCUGAUUACAAUAAAGAGAAUUUCUCCGGAAAAGAAAUAAUCGGCGGCCCACAAGGAUCGAUCUCGAGACGAAAUCUCGAAACAAAACCCGCGAGAUUCUGAGAGGAUGAGAAGUGCGCGACCGAGCUGCUAUAAAUUUCGUGCCCUAAUAUUUUCUCGCGAAAUUCUCUCUCUCGUCGCUCUAAUUGCGCGUCUUUACGCAAUCUCGAUGCACAGAGCAUAUGCUAUUUUUGUAAUUAUAAUAGAAUAGAUGGAAGGGGACAGAGGGGCACAUACACGACCAGUUAGCGCGCCGAGUAAUUGCGAAUUCCGAGAAUUCACGUAAAACUCUCUGUUCACUUGUAUGUCACGUUUCGCAACACAAUAAUAGCGUCACUAUUUAAUAACCUAAUAAUGUAAUAAUUUUUGUCAGAACGAAUCUCUGAAAAACUUAGCAUAAAUUCCCUUCUAUUACUAAAACUGAUAUAUUUUAUUUUGAUUUUUCAACAUACGUUGCACAAGAGAUUAACUAUAGUUUAAUAUUUAAAGACCCCCCCCCCUCCCCCAUAGGUUAGAGAGAUUAAAAUUCUGUCGAGUUUUUAUCGCUGUUGAUACGUUUAGUUGAUAAUAAUUGAUAUUGAUAGAGCUUAAAAUUUUCUCUGUAUCAAAUUUCCUGACAAAUGCUCAAAGGACUGAUGUUCCGCAAAAUUUAUAUUAAUAAUUUAUAUAAACCGUGACGCCUCAUCGGCGAUUUAUUUUAAUCGAUUCCUUUUAAUAAAUAAAAAAAAAUUUAUCCUCUCUUAACUGUUUCUAUCCAUACACUCUCAUCUAUCUUUCUAAUCUAUCUUUCUCCUGCCACUUUUCCCUUUUUUUCUUUACCGUGUAAAAAUAGGAAUUAAAAACUUGUAAUUUCGUAUAAUAAUAAACACGACAAUUGAGGGCCAUUUUUGCAAAUUUUUCAAAAAUACGUAUUCUAUUAAUUAUUUUAUCUAUAUAAUCAUUCUGUCAUUGUAUACGAUUACUUACUUAUCUUAAUAAUACAUUAUUAAUUUACUUCUAAGUAAUACAUAUAAUUACAGAGCUAAUUGAUAAAAUAUGUUUCCUGAAGAUCUUUACUUCAAUUAAAUAUAAUUGAAUUUUGCAAAAAUUGUUUUCAAUAGCAAUAAAAUAACUGUGAAACAAUUAAGUUUAACGAAAUUACACUGGUUUUAAUUCCUGAGUGAAAUGCACGAUAAUAACAAAAAAAAGUAAGACAUUGAUUUUACGUCGCGCAUGAAAUCGAAAGCUAUCGGACUCGCGCAAUUAACAAUCCACGAUUCAUGAUCUACAGUUCAGAAAUCUUGCCGACUUGGCACCAUUAAGCAAGAUCGGAUGAUUUGCCGUGUAUCUUUAAGUAAAGCGAAAAAUCCACGCAAUAAAAAAAAAAGAGAAAAUUCUUGGAA